AUGAAGAACAGCAACCAAAAAAGAUUUGUUGGUUAUGGUGAUGUCGGUGGAGCAAUCUUAACAUUGUUAACAAAAAGGUCAGCACCUGCUAAUAGAAGAAUUAAGUUAUUAAAAAAGAGACAAGAACACAUAGAACCACGAACCUUACUUGAUUUAGCAUUUAGAGUAGUUGGUGAUGGUUUGGAUGCUGGAACAACCACUGUAAAACAAAUCAUGACUGCUGAUCCAAUGUGUGUAAAAAGUGAUACUUCUGCCACUGAUGCUCUUAAUACAAUGGUUAAAAAAGAUGGAGAUCUUGUGGGUCUCUUGGAUAUUACUAAAUGUUUAUACGAGGCAUUAGAUAAGAUGGAACGUGCAUAUGGCUCAUCUAAAAAAUUAUAUGACGCUCUUGAAGGUGUUGAAAAAGAAUGGACAGGUCAAACAAACUCCAUAAUGCAAUAUAUGUCCGUUCUACGUGAAAAGAUGGAGUGUCCUGAUUUGACAAGUGUAUUGGACGGUUCACUACCUGCUGAAGUUGGUAUGAAAACAUCUGUAAGAGAUGCUGCUAAAAUGAUGAGACAAUUUCGUACAACUGCUGUUUUGGUAAUGGAACACAAUAUGAUUGCUGGGAUUUUUACUAGUAAAGAUAUAGUAUUAAGGGUAAUUGCUGCAGAUUUGGAUCCUUCUACUUGUAGUGUUAUUAGAGUAAUGACCCCACAUCCUGAUACUGCUACUCCUAAUACCAGUAUUUUAGAAGCAUUAAAAAAAAUGUAUGACGGUCAUUACCUUAAUUUACCAGUGGUAGAAGGUACAACUAUCAUAGGAAUGGUGGAUGUAUUGAAAUUAACAUAUGCAACCAUGGAACAGAUGUGUUCAAUGAAAAGUCAAGAUAAUCAAGAUAAUAGUGGAUCAGAUAAUAAUUCAGGUCCUAUGUGGAACAAAUUUUGGAAUUCCUUAGAUGGAGAAAAUGUUGAUGACGAUGUUGAUGACAAUGAAUCUAUAUUAUCAGAUACAAUAGCUCCUUCGCAAAGUGCAUCAAAUAUACCACCUUCUUCGCCAAAUAUGCGUAUUAGUAGUAUGCGUAAUUCAGGUAAUAUUUCUCCUGUGCCCGAGAUUCAUCCCAGCGAAUCUGCCUCAGCAGUUGAUGAUAAAUCGGGUAUUUCAUUUCCUCGUGGUCAUGAAGAAAACUCUUUCACCUUUAAAUUUAAAGCUCCAAAUGGCAAAGCACAUCGUUUCACUGUUGAUUAUACAAGUGUUGAUAAUAUUCGUUCAACUGUAUUAUCAAAACUUCCAUCAACCAUAGAAGAUUUCACUAUCACAUAUAUUGAUGAUGAUGGGGAUAAUGUAACUAUGACAACAGAUGAUGAUGUGCUUGACGCCGUUAGAAUUGCUCAACGUCAAAAUGCAUCAAAGGUUAUUUUAAAUAUUGAAAUCAAAGAAAAUAAAAAUUCAUCGUUAUCAGCCGCAUCUUCACCAAAAUCCAGAGCUAUAACUAAUGACAAUGAUUUCGAAGAAGAGGAGGAUGAAUGGAAUGAUGUUAAUAACUUUAAUAUUAAUAGUAUGGCUUCACAAGGAAGACAAACAAUAAAUAGACUUAGUAGUAUGCUGCCCAAAGGUGGUGGUAAAGGACUAUUUACAGGAACAGGUGCAGUUUUAGCUUUAGGAACUCUUGGGUUUGGUAUAAAUGCUAGUUUGUUUAAUGCAAUAAAAUAUACUAGGAUUUCUGGUGUUCAAAGAAAAAUUUAUAAUGAAGGCACACAUAUUAUGAUACCAUGGUUCGAAACACCAAUUAUUUAUGAUGUUAGAGCUAAACCAAGAAGUAUUGCUUCUUUAACCGGAACAAAAGAUCUCCAAAUGGUAAAUAUCACAUGUCGUGUUCUAUCAAAACCAAAAGUUGAAGAACUAUCAACAAUAUAUAGAACCCUUGGAGUUGAUUAUGAUGAACGUGUUUUACCUUCUAUUGUAAAUGAAGUUCUCAAAUCAGUUGUUGCUCAAUUCAAUGUCUCACAAUUAAUUACUCAGCGUGAAAAAGUAUCAAGAUUGGUGAGAGAAAAUUUAAUACGUCGUGCAGAAAAAUUUAAUAUCAUUUUGGAUGAUGUGUCCAUCACUCAUGUUGCGUUCUCGCCGGAAUUUACUCAAUCAGUCGAGGCCAAACAAAUUGCUCAACAGGAAGCACAACGUGCAUUUUUUAUAGUGGAACGAGCAAAACAAGAAAAACAAUCAAUCAUUAUUAAGGCUGAAGGUGAAGCUAAAUCUGCUGAAUUGAUUGGUGAGGCUAUCAAGAACAAACCUGGAUUUAUUGAAUUAAGAAAAAUUGAGACAGCUAGGGACAUUGCUUCUACUUUAUCACGUUCUCAAAAUCGUGUACUAUUGGAUUCUGAUACUUUAUUAUUAAAUGUUUCUGAUCCUGCAAGGUGA